CACACACACACACACACAAUAGAUGUAAAGAAGUACACAAACGGUGUGUAAUGCUGCCUCGCUUUACAUGUAAUCCCAUUUAAAGUGAUUGCCACAGGGGCUAAUCUGACAUUUGGAGAGCAGUUGCAAACAGAAGUGCAGCAGAAUGAUGAAGAUCACCUUCUUUCUGAUUCUACUUGCUGUUGUUGACGUGGUCUCUUCCAGCAAAAAUGAUAUCAGCAAUCGGGAAAAGCGGGAUGCUGUUCUCAUUCGUUCAAAGAGAAGAUGGGUUCUGUCCACCAUCGAUGUGGAAGAGAACAUGCCUGGACCGUAUCCCGCUAUAGUAACAACGCUGUACAAUGACAAAAAGGAGGACACCACUGUCAAGUUCCGCAUCAAAGGACAAGGGGUGACAGAGAAACCAUUUGGUUUGUUUAGCAUUGAUGAAAACAAGGGGACUGUAUACGUACACCGGCCCAUCGACAGAGAAGAGUACCCCUUGUUCCACGUGGACUUUGAUGUGCUGGACAGGAAAACUGAUGCCACUGUGGAUAAAACACUGUCAUUUAAUGUAGAAAUAAAGGACAAAAAUGACAAUAGUCCUGUGUUCAAUACAAACCCUAUCAGCGUAAAAGUUCCAGAGAACACGCCUGAAGGCGUACUCCAAGCAACAUUACAAGCCCAUGACAAUGAUCAGAAGGAUACUCUUAAUUCCCAGUUCAUCAUGACGGUGGUGUCACAAGACCCUGCCUCACCAAACAUUACCAUCAGGGACAUGCAUAGGACAAGUACAGUCAAACAGCUCGCCUUCACAGGAUGCUUUGAUUAUGAUAAAGCAAAACAAUAUAAAGUGCUAGUUGAAGCGAAGGAUCAAGGUACACCUCCAAUGUCUUCAACUGCAACUGCCAUUCUUGAUAUCACUGAUUCUAACACCCAUCCCCCAGAAUUCAGUUCGGCCACGUACAACACUGAAGUGAUGGAAAUGGAAUUAAAAGAGAUUCUAAGAAUUGGCAUAAAAGACAUGGACACACCAAACACGCCUGGUUCAAGAGCGGUGUUCUCCAUCAAGAAGGGCAAUGAGGAAAACAAUUAUAAGAUUGAGACAGACCCCAAAACCAAUGAAGGUGUGCUGUCUGUUGUCAAGGGGAAGAAUUUCCUGAAAACUGAGAUCAUAGAGCUGGAGAUAGAAGUUGAGAACGAGGAGCCAUUAUUUCAGUGUGUUAACGGAAAGCCCGUAACAGGUACCAAACCAAAACCAAACACUGCCAAAGUGGCAGUGAAAGUCAUUGAUUCGAACGAUCCCCCCGUGUUUAAGAAUCCAACAGAAAAAGUCUACCGGAAUGAAAAUGGAUCUAUAGGGGAUGUGCUGUUCGUGCCCGAGAUCAAAGAUGAGGACUCAGACAUUAGCAAACUCAGGUAUAAGAUAGUACAAGACCCAGCCCAAUGGGUGAGUGUGGAUCAGAAGACAGGAAAGAUCACAACAGUUGAAACGAUGGACCGGGAGUCUCCAUUUGUCAAAAAUGGCAUCUACACAGUCGAGGUGCAUGCUAUAGAUGAUGGACAGCCUCCAGGUACAGGUACAUGUACCGUUUUGGUCCACCUAGGCGACUUAAACGAUAAUGCUCCCCAGCUCAUCUCCAAAAAUACGGUCAUGUGCGGGAACAAAGUCGAUCGUGUGGAUGUGUCACCAAGUGAUCUUGACGACGCUCCGUAUGCAAAUCCUUUUACCUUCUUUCUGGGAGGAGAGGAAGAGCUGAAGAGCCUCUGGAAGCUGGAUCCCACCACAGGAACAAACACCUCUCUGAUCAGUUUGACGAGCCUGCCGUAUGGAAACUACACCAUUCCUCUGAAGAUCCAGGAUCAGCAAGGGCUGCAAGCAGAACACGUUCUUCAUGUGGUUGUGUGUGAUUGUAUAGGGAGGACCAACACGUGUCGUGAUCGUCUGCCUCACUCCAUAAGACUGGGUCCAGCAGCCAUUGGUCUCCUGUUUGCUGGACUUCUCCUAAUGGCCUUUCUACUCCUUUGUUUCCACUGUGACUGUAAAAGCAAAAACUUUCACCACAUUCCUCUGAACCUGCAGGAGGAGGGCAUCCAAACCCUUGCCAAAUACAAUGAGGAGGGAGGAGGCUCAAUCUAUAAGCCUAAUAAAGGGUUUGCUUCAAAUGCCAGUUGGAAGGAAAACUUCUUUUCUUCUGCACCGCCUGAGUACCUGCUUACUGAUGUAUACAGGAACGAUUUGAGAAGCUCUUCAGGGUAUGGCGUUCAGAACAACUGGCAGGAAAUGUACAGUGGUGGAGGAGUGAUGAACAUGCAACAUCACAACAUGUCAAUGGUUCGAAGGGACAAGGAAAGCUUUAGGAAUGAAAGCCGCCGGAUGUCCCGCACACACAGCAUUGCUCGGACAGAGAGGAACCUGGCAGAACACAUUGACAGGAAAAUCAGUGGGAUUUUGGAAGAGCAGAGGGACUUUCCAGCUUAUUGCCCGUAUCAGUAUGACUAUGAGGGGGGCGGUAGUGACUGCCACUCACUGGAUCAGCUGACUAUCAGUAACCACGGUGAUAACCUGGACUUCCUGCACAACAUCGGGCCCAAGUUUAACACUCUGGGUGGGAUCUGUCAACAGUCAGUGGAGAGUCGGAAUAUCCGGCUGUGAAAAUGGAUGAAAAUUUGAGGCUUUAUAUCCUUCCACAUUUCUAUAAUGCUUCUUGCUACAAAUGGGUUCCAAGGAUUUUUCUUUCUUGUUUCUUUUUUUUUUUUUU